AUGGAAAGUGUUAAGAAUGAAAUGGAUAUUGCAUAUGUGGAAGAAAAUAUGGACAGUGGGGAUGAAGUGGAAACUGAGAGAAGUAAUGUGGAAAUUGAUAUUGAAACUACUUAUGAGAAUGAAAUAGUGAAAGAAAGGGUAAGAGAGCCAGAGAUUGGACUAGUGUUUGAUUCAAUUGAUGAGCUAGAGAAGUAUUAUAAAUCCUAUGGAAAACGAAUGGGGUUUGAACAAGUCAAUUUGCGACCAGUUGCAAAAUCAGAUUGCAAGGCUAAACUCAAUGCGAAUUCACUCCUAGAUGGAAAAUGGUUAGUGUCCUCCAUUGUGCUUGAACAUAAUCAUGAUCUUAGUACUCCAAGCAAAAGACGGUUUUUUAAAAGCUCAAAAGAAUUACCGUCACAUGUUAAAAAGAGGUUAGCAACAAAUGAUAUAGCUGGAAUAAGACCAAAAAAGAAUUUCAAUUCCUUUGUGGUUGAAGCAGGUGGACAUGAGAAUUUACCAUUCCUAGAGAAAGAUGCGAGAAAUUUUCUUGAUAAGGUAAGGCGUCUGCAACUAGGGGAGGGAGAUGCUGCUGCUAUUCAAAAAUAUUUUCUGAAAAUGCAAGCUGACAACUCCAAUUUCUUUUAUAUAAUGGAUAUAAAUGAGGAGGGUCGACUAAGGAAUGUGUUUUGGGCAGAUGCAAGAAGUAGAGCUGCUUAG